AUGCCUGGCAACAAAAUUGCAAACGGAAUUCCCCAAAGCCACUCCUGCGGUGCCGCACUGGGCCUGGUUAGCCCGGCGUCCUCCCAGUGCCGCGAGAGAAUUGCCGAUAACGGCUACCUGUUCAGCCCGUUCAGCUCCAAAUCAGGCACGCUGACGGAGCCACGAAACUAUGCGCCUCGGACCAGCGGUCAAUCUGUGGUUUCGGAGCCGCCGCCAAAGUUCGACCUUGGCGGACUUGCCUCGAUGCACUCGCAACAGCAAGCGCCGCCGAUGAUGCAAAAUGUGCAGUGUCACCUUCAGGUUCAGCCCAUGGCCGGAAGUGAUGGCUUCGUGCAGUCGUAUCCCGGGCACGAGACGUCCGUUGGCUGCUCGUCGUCUCUUGCGGUGGUGCAGGCUCUGGAUGAGUCCCGAGGAGGUCGCUCCAAAGAACUCAGCGCCCUGACCAGCGGUCCAGCUGGCUUCCCGCCGCUGUCCACUGCGCUGCACCCCGAUAACUUUCCAUUUGUCGAGGCACCACGCAUGGCGCAGGCCAUCAACCGCGGCGUUGUCAAGCUCAAGAAUAUUCCGUUUGCCACCAAGCGCUCCGAGAUCAUCGCCUUCCUCGGCCGCAACUCCAAGAUUCUCAACGACUCGGACGAACCGGUGCAUAUCAUCAUGGAGCGCGUGACCAGCAAGACCAUGGACGCGUACGUCGAAUUCGUCAGCCUCGAAGAGGCCAUGAAGGCCGUCGACAGGCACCAGUUCAACCUUCGCGUCGGCCGGGUAAGCCGACUGGGGGACCGGCCGAUCGAGGUUGAACUCUCCAGCCAGGCGAGCUUGAUGAAGGACCUCUUCCCGCUCGCCCGCGGUCUCAUCUGGGAUGGUGCCUCGCCCGACUUCAAACCGUACAACCAACUGUUUGCGUGGGAGAACUUUCGCGGUUUCAUCUCCGAGGAGGAGAUGGUCAUGCUCAUCAAGCACGUCGAGGUUCCCCACCGGUCUCCCUACUCCAAGGACUGCCCGCAGCGUCCGUACGAGUGCCUCAUCAGCACUCUGAAGAAGUUCCCCUGGUACGCGACCGACCGCAUCACCAUCGGCCAACGUCACGCCAUGUACAUGGCGACGGAGAAACUGCUCCAGAUCAUUUCGGACAAGAUCAGCCGCGACUGCGACCCGAUCAAUCUGACGCCGCAACUUCAGAAGCGGCUCGCGAACACUGCCAUGACCUGCCAGGGCUUUACGCCAUUGAUGAAGGACAACCUAGCCUGGCUGCUGAACCUGUCGGAUGCGGAUCAGCGGUACUACGGCCAGCCGGAGCGCGCGCACGCGUGGCGGCACCAGUAUUCGAUGGCACCGAGACCGGGCGUUCCCCUGGACGUCAUCGAGUGGUACAUUGCCAUCAUCCGAGAGCAGUCGCAGCGGGACAUGCUGAGCCGCGCACACGGCAGCCGAGUCGAGUUGCAGGAAAAGGGCGAACAGACCGACAUGUACUGGGGGUACUUUUGGGCCGAGCUGGGACAUACUUUCGGGCCCGAAUUCGACCACAUGACGCUGAACAAGGUGGCACACGCCGAGUUUUCGGCUGUCGAGCGUAUCCUAUCCCGCGCUCUGCUGAACCAGUAG